AUGGCGGCGGCGCGGGCGGGGGGGGGCGCGGGGCCGGGACCGGGACCGGGGGCGGGACAGCCCGGCCCCGCCGCCCUCUACGUGCACUGGCCCUACUGCCGCAAGCGCUGCUCCUACUGCAACUUCAACAAGUACGUGGUGCCGGCGGUGGACGAGGCGGCCGUGCGCGCCUGCCUGGUGCGGGAGGCACAGACCCUGCUCCGCCUCAGCCGGGUGCGGAGCAUCACCUCCGUCUUCUUUGGCGGGGGCACCCCCAGCCUGGCCAGCCCUGGCACCAUCGCGGCGGUGCUGGAGGCCGUGGCAGGGGCUGCCCACCUGCCCGCCGAUGCCGAGGUGACACUGGAGGCCAACCCCAGCUCUGCCAGCACACCGCGCCUCACCGGCUUCAGGGCAGCUGGUGUCAAUCGCCUCUCCAUUGGCGUCCAGUCACUGGAUGAUGCUGAGCUGCGUCUGCUGGGCCGGGAGCACACGGCGGCAGAGGCACGGGAGGCUGUGGAGGCAGCGCGGAGGCUCUUCCCUGGCCGAACCUCCAUCGAUCUCCUCUUUGGGCUGCCAGGACAGAGCCGGAGCGCCUGGGCUCGGGGGCUGGAGGCGGCCCUGGGGCUCUGCGAUGACCAUGUCUCGCUGUACCAGCUGACGCUGGAGCGGGGCACGGUGCUGGCAGCGCAGGUCCAGGGGGGGUCCCUGCCCACACCCGCUCAGGACCUCCUGGCUGAUAUGUACCACACUGCCCGUGACACGCUGGUGGCUGCUGGCUUCCGGCACUAUGAGGUCUCCAAUUUUGCAAGGAAGGGCGCCCUCAGCACCCACAACCUCUCGUACUGGCGGGCUGAGCAGUACAUCGGUGUGGGGCCGGGGGCGCACGGGCGGUUCGUGCCGUGGGGUGAGGGCAGCUGCAGCCGGGAAGCCCGUGUGCAGACGCUGGAGCCCGAUGCCUGGAUGCGGGAGGUGCAGAGCCGAGGGCACGGUACCAGGAGGCGGGUGGUGCUGAGCCCACUGGAGCAGCUGGAGGAGGUGCUCGCCCUGGGACUGCGCACGGAUGAGGGCAUCACGCAGGAGCGCUGGGGACGCUUCUCCCCUCAGCUCAGCCUGGAGGCCGUAUUCGGGGUGCCGGGGGAAGCGCAGGAGCUCCAGCAGCAGGGCUGGCUGGUCCUGGAUGGCAGCGGCCUGCGGUGCAGCCGCGAGGGUCUGGCUCUGCUGGACUUGCUGCUGCCAGCGCUGCUCUGCCAGCUGCAGCGGCGCUGGGCCCCGAGGAGGAGUGCGGCGAGGGACGGGGACGAGGCUGUGGGGGUUAUAAGCAGCGGAGAAUAAACCAGGAGAACCGUGUGCUGGCUGAGAGGGGCGUUGGGUCCAGUUCUGUCCGAUAUCGUUAUCCGUGAUUGGAAUUAAGGAAUCGAGUACACCCUCAGUCAGUUUGCGGGUGACUCUAAGCUGGGUGGGAGCAUUGAUCUGCUUGAGGAUAGGGAUGUUCUGCAGAGGGGUCGGGACGGGCUGGAUCCAUGGGCUGUGACCAACAGGAUGGGGUUCAGUCAGACCAAGUGCCAGAAACUACACUUGGGUCAGAGCAACCCCAUGCAGUGCUCCGGGCUUGGGGAAGAGCGGCUGGAAAGCUGCCUGGUGGAAAAGGUCCUGGGGAUGCUGGUCAACGGCAGCUGAACGUGAUCCAGCAGUGGCACAGGUGGCCAAGGAGGCCCCCAGCAACGUGCUUGGAUCAGCCGCGGUGUGGCCGCAGGAGCAGGGACGGGAUCGUCCCCCUGCGCUCGGCGCUGGGGGGGCUGCGCCUCAAAUCCCGGGUUCAGUUUUGGGCCUGUUACUUCUAGAAAGAGCU